AUGACCCUCAACGACGAGACGGUGUUUGACUCUGGUGAAGAUACGUCUAUGCCGAUUGCGAUUGUCGGCAUAGGAGGUAGGUUCCCGGGCGAUGCAACCAACCCGGAGCGUCUGUGGGAAAUGGUCUCUGAGGGUCGAAAUGCCAUGUCAGAGGUUCCCAAGGAUCGAUUCAACAUUGACUCCUUCUACCAUCCGCAUGCAGAGCGUCAGGGGACGAUGAAUGUGCGAGGAGGGCACUUCUUGAAGGAAGACAUUGCUCUUUUUGAUGCUCCAUUCUUCUCCAUCACCUCCAAGGAGGCUGGUGCUAUGGAUCCCCAGCAGCGAUUAGCCCUCGAGGUGGCUUACGAAGGCCUUGAGAAUGCCGGCAUGCGUAUGGAGGAUGUCUUGGGCUCGUCCAUGGCAUGCUACAUGGCGUCUUUCACCCGAGACUACGCUACACUACGCGGCCAUGAUGCACAGGACAUUCCCCUGUACGAAGGGACUGGCAACGGAGCAGCCCUGAUAUCCAACCGCAUCUCUUGGUUUUUCGACCUAAAGGGCCCAAGUCUGAGUCUGGACACGGCAUGCUCUUCAUCUUUAGUGGCUCUACACCUCGCUUGUCAGAGUCUCCGCUCCGGUGAAGUCCCAACCGCACUGGUUGGUGGCACCAACUUGAUUCUCAUGCCCGAGAUGCAGAUUGCCAUGACUUCGCUUCACUUUCUCAGUCCCGACAGCAAGUCUCAGUCCUUCGACCACAAGGCCAACGGAUACGCUCGAGGCGAAGGUGCUGCUGUGGUUGUGCUUAAACCCUUGGCAGAUGCCAUCAGGGACGGCAAUACCAUUAGAGCCGUCAUUCGAGGCACUGGUGUGAAUCAAGAUGGAAAGACUCCCGGGAUCACACUACCAUCGGCAAAAGCUCAGGAGGACCUCAUUCGGGCGACAUACGCCCAAGCGGGUCUGGACAUGGCUUCCACGGCGUACUUUGAAGCCCACGGAACCGGUACACCGGCUGGCGAUCCACUCGAAUGUUCCGCCAUCGCCGCCACCAUCAGCGCGGCGCGGCCCAAAGACAAGCCUCUCCUCGUCGGCUCAGUGAAGACCAACAUCGGCCACAUGGAGGGUGCGAGCGGUCUUGCCGGUCUCAUCAAGGCCGUCUACGCGAUUGAGCGAGGCGUCAUCCCGCCAAACCUCUGGUACGAAAAGGCAAAUCCCCGCAUCCCUCUGGAGAAGUGGGGGCUCAAGAUCCCGACCAAGCUCCUGCCAUGGCCUACCAAAGGCCUGCGUCGUGCGAGUGUCAACUCGUUCGGAUACGGCGGCACCAACGCUCAUUGUAUUCUGGAUGACGCGUUCCACUACCUUCGGUCACGCGGCCUCCGCGCUCCGCACAACACCAUUGUCGAUGGCGAAGAGGCAGACGACAGUGGGAUAAGCAGCGUUUCCAGAACCGAUUCCGAUGACAACAGCAGCAGCCAAGGGUGGGAGGAAGUCAGCACUGAUGGUGGGAGAGGCUCGCAGAAAGCCUGCAAAGCUCCUCUCUCUCACCCGAAACUGCUGGUGUGGUCCUCGCACGAACAGGUUGGCACAGAGCGCGCCGCGACACAGCUGAUCGAUUACCUACAGAUGCGCGAGAUCCAUACCCAGCUCAACGACAGGGAUGAAGCCCGCUUCCUGGAAAGGCUUGCCUUCACGCUGUCCGACGGCCGCAGUAGGCUGCCGUGGAAAGCCUUCACCGUGGCGUCGACGGUCGAAGAGUUGACGUCGACGGUGAAACGGCACCAGCCGAAGCCUUUGCGGUCGUCUCAGGCCGCGCCGGUGUUGUGCUUCGUCUUCACCGGCCAAGGCGCUCAAUGGUCCGCCAUGGGACGGGAGCUCAUGGUCUACUCCGCAUUCCAGGAGAGCUUGGAAGCCGCGGCUGGGCAUCUCAAGACGUUUGGGUGUUCAUGGGAUCUCCUCGAUGAGCUACUGGCGGACGAGCAAACUUCCCGCAUCAACGAGCCGGAAGUCAGCCAGCCAGCCUGUACUGCAUUGCAGAUUGCUUUGGUUGAUCUUUUGGUGACCUGGGGUAUCCGGCCCUCUGUGGUCAUCGGCCAUUCAAGUGGGGAGAUAGCAGCUGCCUACGCGAAGGGCUCGAUUUCUCGAGAGGCCGCCUACAGCAUUGCUUACCACCGCGGCCGACUCUCGGCUGCGUUGAAGAAGGAUGGUUCCAUGCUCGCGGUGGGCCUUGGCGAAGAAGCGGUGUUGCCCUUUGUCAAAAAAGCGUCCAAAGGCGAUGUGGUCGUUGCUUGCGUCAACAGCCCGUCAAGUGUAACGCUUUCUGGUGAUACGGUCGCCAUCUCCGAGGUUCAGGACGUGCUUGAGGCCGAAAAGAUCUUCAAUCGAAGGCUGAUGGUGAAGACGGCAUACCACUCCCCACACAUGCAGGCCCUGUCUCAGGCCUAUCUGGAUGCGUUGGCAGGGCUGAAGAGCGCCGGAGGGGACGGCACAACCGUUCAGAUGGUUUCAUCAGUGAAUGGAGCCCUCGUCGACGACGCGUCACUUGCUACGCCACAGUACUGGGUGUCGAACAUGGUCAGUCCGGUCAAGUUCAACCAGGCGGUCCAAACAGCCCUUGAAUACAGCCCCAACAAGAGACGAACGGCCCGCAAGGCUCAGUUCGUCAACAUCUUCCUGGAGAUCGGGCCACACGCAGCGCUGCAGGGCCCGCUGAAACAGAUCCUAUCGGGCCAGGAAAAGAAGCUAGCCGUCGUGUCAUACGUCUCCACGCUCUCGCGCGGGAAAAACGCCGCUAGGACGUGUCUGGAGGCACUGGGCAAGCUGGUCCAACACGGCUACCCCGUAGAUAUCGCCACAGCCAACGAACCCAACGAGAAAUCCAAGUCGUCGCGGGCAUUCCUGACGGAUCUGCCCCCGUUCGCAUGGAACCAUGGCACACGCUAUUGGUACGAGUCUCCAGUGUCUCAGGCCUUCCGGCACCGUACGCUGCCCCGCUACGACCUGGUGGGAGCUCUCAGCGAACACUCCACUGAGCUCGAGCCCAGUUGGAGCAACUACCUGAGGGUGUCGGAGGCUCCAUGGAUCGAACACCACAAAGUCCAGGGCUCCAUUUUGUAUCCGCUCUCGGGCAUGAUGGUCAUGGCGAUUGAGGCUGCGCGCCAGAUUGCCGACCAAAGCAAGGAAAUCGAGGGCUUUCAGCUGCGCGACGUGUCCGUCGGCAAGGCCAUGGUGCUCCCCGCAGACGCGCCCAUCGAGACCAAGCUCCAGUUCAGGCCAUGGAGAGCCGGAUCCCGUCUGCCAGAUUCGUUUUGGCAUGAGUUUACCAUAUCGUGUAGAACACGACAGGGCGUCUGGACACAACACUGUGGCGGUCUCAUUUGCGUCAAGUACGUCACCAAGGCCAAUGAGACGUUUGCGGAUGAGGAGGCUGCGACAUCAAAGAAGCAUCGCGAUGAGUACUUCAGACUCGUCGGUGCGGGCUUCAAGCCGGAUGAUCCGCGCCAAGUAUAUGCCUCGCUGGCGGAGCUGGGUCUACAGUGGGGCCCCACCUUCGCCAGGCUAGUGGCAAUCAGCUCGGGUGACUUCGAGGCCCAUUGUGCCCUCGAAAUCCCCGAUACUAAGAAGUAUAUGCCCGAGGGCUUCGAGUACCCCCAUGUCAUCCACCCUGCCACUUUGGACAAUUUCAUCCAGAUGGUCAUCCCGGCCUGUACUCCUGCUGGUGUGCAGCUGGAGAAGGCAAAGAUCCCGAGGUUCAUCGAGGGUCUCUACAUCUCCAACAAAAUCAGCGCCGAGCCGGGGACACGGUACUACGGCUACUCCCGCUCCAAGCCGUACGGCUUCAACGAGGCCAUCGGCACAAUCGCCGCUUCCGACAGCCAGUGGGAGAAGCCUAUGGUGAUCAUCGAGGGCUGCAGGAUAAUCUCUCUGGAGAACAUGACGGACGGCAUGGCGUCUGAGGCAAACACAAAGUCGUUGAGGAAACUCGGUGCCCAUCCAGAGUGGGGCAUGGACAUCGAACAUCUCCCCCUCACGACCGCCAGGGCCUUUUUCGGCGAGUACGGCAAGGUCAUUCCGGACGCCAAACAAAAGGUCAUCCACGACCUGGAGUUCGCUUCCUUUGUCUUCUGCAAGCGGAUGUUGCGCAGGUUUACCCCGACCGAUGCCGAGGCCUUCGCCCCUCAUCACCGCCUAUUCUACGAGUACAUGCAGCACAGGUACGAGCUUGCAGAGCAGGGCAAGCUCGACUGCCAAAGUCGGGAGUUCGACUGGUUAGACACCACCGACGCGUUCGACGACGAAGUCCUUGCUCACGUAUCAGCCGCUUCAAUCGACGGCAGAGUACUUUGUCAUCAGGGCGCCAAGCUUGACAAGAUUCUCCUCGGAGAACUGGAGCCGCUUGAGGUGCUCAUGGAAGACAACCUGCUCACAGAAUACUACCGCAACGCCCUCGGAACCGACAAGUGGAACCCCAUCAUCGCCAAGUUUGUCCAGGUGCUGUCCCACAAGAAGGCCCUCCGCAUCCUCGAAGUCGGCGCGGGCACGGGGGGUACAACAUCUGUCGUGCUGUCGGCGCUGGGCAAGCGCGCCGAUGCCGCGGCCCGGCUCCAAUCGUACAUGUUCACCGAUAUCAGCAGCGGCUUCUUCGAGGCAGCCGCGGCUGAUUUUGAGGAAUGGGCGCCGUUCCUGGAUUACAAGGUGCUCAAUGUCGAGAAGGAUCCGGUGGCGCAGGGCGUGACGGCAGGUGUUUACGAUCUGGUCAUCGCCAACAACGUCCUUCACGCGACCACUUCCAUCAGCGCCUGUCUCGCCCAUUGCAAAAUGAUGCUCAAGCCCGGCGGGAUUCUGCUCCUUGGAGAACUCACGUCCACUCUGGCCAGAGUCCCCAUGAUCUUCGGCACGCUGUCCGGAUGGUGGAAUGGCGAACAUGACGGGCGUAAAUGGGGCCCCAGACUCUCCGAGCAGGAAUGGGAUGUUCAACUACGCGAGCAAGGCUUCAGCGGACUUGACAUGUGCUUCCGGGACCACAGCACCGACGACUACUCCAUCUCACUGAUGCUGUCCACCGCAGCACCAGCCGCAAUUGCCACUCCGUCUCAGGAAAUCGUAGUCAUCACCCCAGCAGAGCUUGCCACCCCGGUGGUGUCAUUGGUGAGACAUCUCAAGGCCAAGCUUGCGAAGGGUGGAGCGUCUGUUCAGGAGAUGAUCAUCUCGGACGUUGAUUCUGCCAACCUCGCCGGUAAAUGCUGCAUUUCCGCCCUGGAAGCCGACAAACCCUGCCUGCAUGAUAUCGGGAGUGAGGACUUUGAAACCGUGAAGCGCCUUUUGCUCGGCGCGGGACGCACGCUGUGGUUGACCAAGGGUGCUGCGAUGGACAGCCCGCACCCAGAAGGGAACCUGAUCGCGGGGCUGGGUCGGACAAUCAGGGCUGAGAUCCCCAGCUUCGAGCUCACCACUCUCGACCUCGAUCCAGCCGCACCUGUGGACUCGGAAGGCACCAUCGCGGCCAUCUGCCAGAUCGUUCGCUCCUCCACCGAAGCUGGAAAUGCAGAAAAGGCCGACUGGGAGUAUGCGCUGCGCGAGAACACCAUCUACUCACUCCGAAUGGUGCCCGACGAAACCUUGAACGACAUGUUCGAGGCAAGCACCACAGAGUCCCUGCCCGUCCCGCUUCCCUUCGGUCAGCCCGAUCGCGCCCUCGCCCUCGCCAUCAGGGUCCCUGGCAUGCUCGACACCUUCCAGUUCGUCGACGACGAGGAGCACUCAAAGCCGCUCGGCGACCACGAAGUCGAAAUCGCCGUCAGGGCCGUCGGCAUGAACUUCCACGACGUGAUGAUCUCCAUGGGCCAGAUCGCCGACACAGACCUCGGUGUCGAGUGCAGCGGCGUCGUCACCCGCGCUGGGAGGAGCGUGACGGCCUACGCCAUCGGCGACCGCGUCAUCACCUUUCGUCUCGGCUGCUUCCGCACUUUUCUUCGCAACCCCGAGGAAAUGUUCCAGAAGAUCCCGGAUGGCAUGUCGUUCGAAGACGCCGCGUCCCUGCCGUGCAUCUACAGCACAGUGUACUACGCCCUCUUCGACGUUGCGCGUCUCCGGCAAGGCGAGACGGUCCUUGUCCACGCCGCGGCGGGCGGCCUCGGCCAGGCUGCCAUAAUCCUGGCGCAGCAUCUGGGAGCGGAAAUCUUCGUGACGGUGUCAUCCGAGGCCAAGAAGCGGUUCUUGGUGGAUACGUACGGCGUUGCUGAGGACCACGUCUUCAACAGCAGGGACCUCAGCUUUGCGGCUGGCAUCAAGCGGAUGACAAAUGGCCGCGGCAUGGAUGUCGUCCUCAACUCGCUGGCGGGCGAGGCGCUGAGGGAGACGUGGCUCUGCGUUGCGCCGUUUGGGCGCUUCAUCGAGCUGGGGAAGAAGGAUAUCGUCGGAAACACGGGCGUGGACAUGAGCCCGUUCAUGAACAACAUCACCUUCGCCGGCGUGAACAUGCUUUCGGUCUACCGAGACAAUGUUCCCCUUUUCGGCCGCAUCAUCUCCGACGUGAUGAAGUGCCUGUCCGAAGGCAUCAUCCGGCCCGUGCAGCCGGUCAAGACGAUGAAGUUUUCACAAAUCGAAGAGGCAUUCCGCAUCAUGCAAACCGGCAAGCACAUCGGCAAGAUGGUUCUGACGGCUGGUGCGGACGACAUUGUGCCGAUCGUGCCCCGCAGGCUACAGCCGUACAACUUCUCUCCCGACGCGACCUACCUGAUCCCUGGGGGACUGGGCGGCCUCGGCCGUUCGAUUGCUGCUUGGAUGGUCAGCCAGGGCGCUCGCAACCUGGUCUUCACCUCUCGCUCCGGAGCGAAGAAACCCGAAGCCCAGGCGCUCCUUGAUGUCCUACACAAGCAUGGGGCUAAGACAAAGGCAUUUGCUUGCGACAUCAGCAAUGCAUCGGACCUCCGGCAGGUUCUUGAUUGCGUGAAGCGCCAGUUCCCACCCAUCAGAGGCGUGGUUACCUGCGCCAUGCAGCUUCAGGACGUCCUGUUCGAGAACAUGUCAGUCGUUGACUACCGGGCCGCCAUCCACCCCAAAGUCCAAGCCACCCGCAACCUCCACGACAUGCUUCCCAAAGAUCUAGACUUUUUCAUCUGCCUCUCAUCAACCGGCGGCAUCGUUGGAUCGCGCGGCCAAGGCAACUACAACGCCGGAAACACCUAUCAAGACGCCAUCUCCCACCAUCGCCACUCCCUCGGCCUCGCCGCCACCAGCAUCAACCUCGGCGUCGUCCUCGGCGUCGGCAUCACCGCCGAGCGGGGCGAGAUCCUUUCGUACCUCAAAACCGGCGCCAUGAUCGGCAUCCACGAGCACGAAGUCCUCGCCGUCAUCCAGGCCGCCAUGGCGGGGCGUCUGCCAUCCCAGGCCGUUGUCGGCCUCGCCACCGGCGGGCUGUUGAAGCAGAACGGCCACGACGACCCCUUCUGGUUCGCCGAGGCCCGCUUCAACCCCCUGCGCGUUUUCGACACGCAGGAGUUCAAAGCUGCGCAGAGUGAUUCGUCGGAGGAGUUGCAGGCCGCGCUUGCCGAGGCCAAGACCGCGGCCGAGGCGACUGAUGCUGUGUGCGGCGCCCUGAUGGCGAAGCUGGCGAAGGCUAUGUUGAUGGAGGUGGACGAUCUGGAUGCUGCGAGGCCGGCGAAUUCGUAUGGCGUCGAUAGCUUGGUGGCGGUCGAGAUUAGAGCGUGGGCUUUCAAGGAGGUGAAGAGCGAUGUGUCUGUGUUCGACAUUUUGAGCAAUGUGCCACUGAUUACGUUGGCGGAGAGGAUUGUGGCAAAGUCGUCGCUUGUUUCGUCGCUUGUUCGGAGUGAUAGGGAGAUUGAAUAA